AGGCCGCCGCCGCGCCGGCGCUGGCCGCGCUGGCCGCGCUCGCGGGCCCCAAGACGCCGUCCGCGCUCGGCGGCGCCGGCGUGCCCGCCGAGCGGUGGGGGCCGAGGGGCGCUCUGGCACCGGGUGCGGGCGGGGGGUGCUUGCUGCUGCAGGACGGUGCUGCGGGCGCACAAGGCGAAGCUGCGGGAGGCUUUGGAGUGGUCCUCGCAGGAGGCCGGCGACCACAGAGCGGCCGAGGCCGCCGUGGAGGCGUUGUCCUCCUCGACCAGGUCGGAGGCGCUCGGCGACAAGACGCCGACCUACGAUGUUUCCGACCAGCCUGAGCAGGCGUCCGAGCCGGUGGAGACCGACCAGCCUGAGCGGGCGUUCGAGGCGGUGGAGACCGAGCAGGAGGGGCCGCGCCGGCAGCGCUGCAGGCGCCGCAGGACGGCGGCGCCUGGCGCGCACGAGCGCGGAGGCCGCCGCGCAGGCUGGCGGCGACACCGCAGGGCCGGGGGCGGCGUCCGCGGCGGCGCCCCGCUGCGACCGCGCCUUCAGCGCGCUCCUGCACGGGGACAGCGACCACUUCUUCGUCUACGCGCUGGUGGUGGGGCACCGGCUCCGGGCGCUCUGCCCCGGCGCCGACCGCGUGCUGCUCUGCGCGGGGCACUGGUGCCGCAGGACCGCGCAGCGCGGUCCGCGCUGAGACGGGUGUGGACCAGCGUCCACUUCUCGCACCUCACAUUGGGGCCCGCGGAUCCAUGCGCCCCACGCGACGAGCGCGCGGCGGCACAGCGAGGUGUUCAGCAAGAUCCAGGCGCUGCGGCUCCCGUACCGCCAGCUGGUCUUCCUGGACCUCGACCUGGUUCCCCGCCGCGAUUUGACGCCGCUCUUCGACGUGCUGGCGCCGGCGGGCAUGCACCACGGCGACCACCGCGGUGGCGACCAG